CGUCGGCAGCAACUCCCGCCGGCACCGUCACCUCCUUGUACGCAGGCUUUACGCCUUUACCUACCUUUGCCGACGAGCUUCAUCUGCACCGCUACCGGCCGGCGGAAGCAUAGCACCCCGCAGCAGUAUAAAAGCCGCGCCAAGCUAGCUCCUGCUCCAACACAGCACUCGCACACUCUCUCACCAAGACAGAGGAAGCAGAGCAUAGUAAAAUCCAAGUAGCAGUCGACAUGGCGAGUUCAUCAUCUGUGCUCCACCUGUCCCUGGCCGUGCUGGCCCUGGUGGCCGCAUUGUCGGAGGCCGGGUUCUACGACCAGUUCGACGUGGGCGGCUCCGGCCAGCACGUCCGCGUGAUCGAGGACGGCAAGACCCAGCAGGUGGCCCUCACGAUGGACCAACGCUCCGGCGGUGCAGGGUUCACCUCCAAGGCCAUGUACCUCUACGGCGAGUUCAGCGUCCAGAUGAAGCUCGUCAGCGGCAACUCCGCUGGCACUGUCACCUCCUUCUACUUGAAGUCCGGGGAAGGCGAGGGCCAUGACGAGAUCGACAUCGAGUUCAUGGGCAACCUGAGCGGCAACCCCUACGUGAUGAACACCAACGUCUGGGCCAACGGCGACGGCAAGAAGGAGCACCAGUUCUACCUCUGGUUCGACCCCUCCGCCGACUUCCACACCUACAAGAUCGUCUGGAACCCCACGAACAUCAUAUUCCAGGUGGACGACGUGCCGGUGAGGACGUUCAGGAAGUACGCGGACCUGCCGUACCCGAGCAGCCAGCCGAUGAAGGUGUACUUCACGCUGUGGGACGGCAGCUACUGGGCGACCCGCCACGGCGCCGUCAAGAUCGACUGGAGCCAGGCGCCCUUCGUCGUCAACUACCGCGGCUACUACGCCAACGCCUGCGUCAUCGGCAACAGCGGCUCCUCGGCGUGCCCCGCCGGUAGCGACGGCUGGAUGUACAGGCAGCUCGACGGCAAGGGCCUCGACACCGUCGCCUGGGCCGAGCGCACCUGCAUGACGUACAACUACUGCGCCGACGGCUGGCGCUUCCCCAAAGGCUUCCCCGCCGAGUGCUUCCGCAAGUGAUCCGCUCGAUUGCUUCCCUUCUUCUCCGUUCGAUUCUCGACGGACAUUCGUUGCCGAGGUUUACCUGCGUUCUACUACUGCUCGCAGUUACCCAUGCUGCCUGGGUUUUCUUGGUUUGAUUGUUGCAGUCGCGACAGUCUUACGGAGAGGAAGAUUACGGUGUGUUAUUUGUGGGUUUGAGUUGGAGAGAGUGUGGGAUGCACGUAUGGUUAUUUAUAAAUAAAAGCAUGAAUGAAUGAUACUACUUAUACAGUAAA